AGGGCAGGUUGCGGCCGCCGCGCCGACGACCCCGCGCUCAUGACGAUGCUGCUGGACGGAGGGCCGCAGUUCCCGGCGCUGGGGGUGGGCGGCUUCGCGGCGCCCCGCCACCACGAGAUGCCGGGCCGCGACGCCGCUGCUGCCGGCAUGGGGCUGGGCCCUUUCGGGGACUCUUCGCACGCCGCUGCCUUCAAGCUGAACGCGGCCCCGCACGACCUCGCCGCCGGGCAGAGCUCGGCGUUCACGCCGCAGGCGCCGGGCUACGCUAGCGCUCUGGGUCACCACCAUCAUCAUCAUCACCACGCUAGCCAGGUGCCCUCCUACGGUGGGGCCGCCGCCUUCAACUCCACCCGCGACUUUCUGUUCCGCAACCGCGGUUCCGGCAUCGGGGACGCCGCUUCUGGCACAGCGCAACACGGGCUUUUCGGCGGCUCCCCCGGCGGCUUGCACGGCCCCGGCGGCAUCCCGGACACCCCGGGCUACCUGCUCUUUCCCGGGCUCCACGAGCAGAGCCCGAGCCACACGUCCCCCAACGGGCAUGUGGAUAACGGGCAGAUGCACCUGGGGCUACGCGGGGACCUCUUCGGGCGACCGGAUCCCUACCGGGCAGUCUCUAGCCCCCGCACGGACCCUUACGCUGGCGCCCAGUUCCACAACUACAACCACAUGAACAUGAAUAUGGGCAUGAACGUGGCGGCCCACCACCACCACCAUCACCACCACGGCCCGGGGGCUUUCUUUCGGUACAUGCGCCAGCCCAUCAAGCAAGAAUUGUCCUGCAAGUGGCUUGACGAGAGCCAGCUCAGCCGGCCCAAAAAGAGCUGCGACAGGACUUUUAGCACCAUGCACGAACUGGUGACCCAUGUCACCAUGGAGCACGUCGGGGGGCCGGAGCAGAACAACCACAUCUGCUACUGGGACGAGUGUCCGCGGGAGGGCAAGUCCUUCAAGGCGAAAUACAAACUGGUGAACCAUAUUCGGGUGCACACGGGGGAAAAGCCCUUCCCCUGCCCCUUCCCGGGCUGCGGCAAGAUCUUUGCCCGCUCCGAGAACCUCAAGAUUCACAAGCGGACGCACACAGGUGAGAAGCCCUUCAAGUGCGAAUUUGAGGGCUGCGACAGGCGCUUCGCCAACAGCAGCGACAGGAAGAAACACAUGCACGUCCACACCUCGGACAAGCCCUACAUCUGCAAGGUGUGCGACAAAUCCUACACCCAUCCCAGCUCACUUAGGAAACAUAUGAAGGUGCACGAAUCCCAGGGGUCGGAUUCUUCCCCUGCUGCCAGUUCGGGGUACGAGUCCUCCACUCCCCCCGCGGUGGGCUCCGCCAGCAGUAAAGACUCCACUAAAACGCUGCCGGCCACCCUUCAGAGUAACCCCGGCCACAACCCUGGACUGCCCCCCAAUUUUAAUGAGUGGUAUGUGUGAAGGCAUCUGCUGCCCGGCCAGAGACUGGACCAAAUGAGCUGGGAACGAGGAAAACAAACAAAAAAGGACAAACCAAGCCAACUGCAGCUUGCUGCCACGGAAAAGGAGUUGCCACACCGACGACCGCAUAGGGCUACACCUAGUUAACUGCCAGGACCCGGAGGGGGAUCUUUUAUUAUUCUAUUACUAUUUUUUUGCAAGCCCAGACUCUGGACUAGCCAUGUCCUUUUCUCAGGAUUGGAUUUUUUUUUGGGGUAUUUUUUUUGCAGUUGCAGUUGUUUCUUUGAUAUAUUUUUUUUUUUCUUCCCAGCCUCAGUUCCUCUUCCUCUGAUUCCCCACUUUAAAAAAAUCUUUAAUUUGUUUUGCUUUUUUUCCUUCUUUUGGUGGGAUGUUGACAUGAGGAUGAAAGUCCUCCUUCGCCUUAGUGGUGAUUGUUUAAACUUAACAGUCUUAAACCGUGCCAAAGUCCUGUUAUGUCUUGAACUUUCCUCUCGAGCUCUUUCUGCUGCUUCUUUCUCUGCUCUUUCUCUCUUCAAGCAUUACACUUGUGAAUGUAUUCUCGUCUGAUGGGGUCGGUCAGUAUUUUUCAGGAUGAGGAUGUGGUGUUUAUUCUACCCAGUUUGUGACGUUUAGUAUAACAGUUGCCUUUUUGUAAUAACUUCUUUUGUAAAUACAUAUCCAUGAUGCCA